CAUGUGACCGCCGUGACACGCCGUCACGAUUGGGAAAGGUCCUGUGACAACUCAUGGGGCGCCCGGGCAAUAGGGGAUCAUGGGGCCCCUGUGUCCUUGCCCAAACUCAAAAAAGCCUAUGAAAAAGGUACCAGGGGCAUCUCAUGGGCCCCCUACUGACCCCAGGCCUUCUGGCAGUGCCCGAGUUUCCAAAUGGUCAGUCCGCCCCUGAUCAGGACCUUUCCAUAGGUACCGGACAUGUGUGCUGGGAGCGUGAAG